UAGUUUAUAAUAAUUUUUUUUUUAAAAAUGCGAUUUAAUUUUUGACUUAAACUGUGUGUUUGUUAUGACUGUGCGAACUAGACAAGUUUUUAGUACAAAAAUGGCUGCCUCUUUUCUGGUUCUCUGUCCAAAUGGAAGAAGACAAAACGUAAAAGUAAAUGCUAACACAAAAUUACUUCAGAUAUUAGAAGAAGUUUGUCAGAGGCAAGGCUUCAUACCACCAGAAGAAUACAAACUUGUACAUGGAAAACAAGAGCUUGAUCUGAGUUUGUCAGUAAGAUUUUCAAGUCUUUCAAAUAAUGCCAAAUUGGAGUUAAUCAAAGCACAUACAGUUAGGGUAGAAAAAGAAGUUACUAUAGCAUUGCAGCUGAGUUCAGGUGAAAGGCUGCAAGGUUCAUUCAAGCCAAAUGUUACAAUAUGGGAUAUGUUAAAGCAGCUUGAAACCAAAUUUGGUGAUUAUAAAGAUAUCCUGACUCAAAUAGACAACAGUAAAGUGCCUGCCCUUCAUCCUGUUUGCAUUUUUAUGAGAGAAGAGAUUAUUGGUAGUUUCGCUCUGCAAGCAGUUACAUUAAAAAAACUUGGAUUGACAGCAGGAAAAGCAAUUAUAAGGCUCCUUCAUAGACCAGUUGAAGAAACCACUUUACUUGAAAUAAAAGACAAUAUUGAAAAGGAGAGACUGAAGCAAGCUAAAUUAGAAGAAAUUGCAAUGAAAAAGAAUGAAAUUCAACUAAAGGAUGAAAUAGAAAAACUUAGAAAAACUCAUGGUUUUGCAGAAGAAUUAAUGGAAACUGAAGAGACUAAAGAAUCAGUCAAUUCUGCUGUUACAAUGUGGGCAGAAACAGAGGGCAACACAGUGAAUGCUACUGAAGAGCACCAAGAAGAAAGCCAUGUUGAUGAUAACACUAAAGAAGAGGAUAUUACCAAUGAUAACAGUGAUGCCCAUCACUCAACAUCUCAAGUCACACCACAAUCUCAGCUACUCUCCACCAGCUCUUCUCUAGAUUUAGCUCCUGCUGCAGAACAGAGCACAUCAUUAUUUUCUCAUUUCAAGUUUCCUGAAGCAACCAGAGGGAUGAAUUUAACUGGCAAUAAUUUCGAAAGUAAAAAACUUGAAAAUUUACAGCUGUGUGACAGACAAGUUAUUAUAUACCAUACUGAUGAAACAAUGCAAUCUAACAGCUCCUCUGAGAAUAUUCCAGAUGAUUUUUUCGAAGUAACAAAGUCAGAUAUUCAAAUUCUAUACAGAGAUUUACAGAAUGCUGUCCAACAACUUGAAGACCAGCCGUUAAUGACUAAAGCUAUGAAACAGGCCCAAACUGAAGCAUUAUAUGAUCAAUAUGAUCAUGUUGUGAUACGUAUUCAUUUUCCAGAAAAACUUACCCUACAGGGACUAUUUAAACCCAGAGAACCAGUUUCAGCUCUGUAUGAUUUUGUGAGUGAUCAUCUUCAAGUUAAGGACCUUAAUUUUUACCUGUACACAUCUCCACCAAAAGAGAUAAUUAAAGAUAAAAACACAUCAUUGGCUUCUAAUCAUCUAGCUCCAGCUGCAGUUAUUUACUUUGGAUCUAGUAACGCACAAG